AUGGGCGACGAGUUCCCCCACUCGGACACGGACUGCGGCCACUCGGCCGACCGCUCGGCCACCGACACUUUUGACCUGUCAGAGCUGACCACCACCGCCCUGUCGCUUGCCGGCGACAGCUUCGGCGGGCCGGACCUCGUUGCCACAGCCAUGCCCGGCUUCGCCGUGGCCGAUGACUCGCUGGUGGACGAUUGGAUGGCCGUCGGCCAGCCCGACGGUCACCCGGCCGCCGUGCCCCCCGGCCACACGCUACUCACGGUGUUCGCCUGCUUCGCCGGGAAUGAGUGUGCCUCGGCCCGGCCGGCCUCCAACCAUGGGCCGGCCCCGCCCAGCCCGCCGAUCUCGCGCCCGGCCACGCGCCCCGUGUCCCAGCACUGUGCCGACCAGGAGGCAGCCCCGGCCCCGGCCCCGGCCCCGACCCCGGUCUCGGCCCCGCCCCCUGGUACCGGGCACAUCCCCGUCUUCCGGAGCUCCAUCACCCUGUGUGUGCCGGUGGAAAGCAACCUGGCCGACGUGCUGCGCCGGGCCUGCGCCGCCCUCUCCAUCUGGGACGACCAUAAUUACUAUCUGGUCGGGUCGACGCGCGAGCUGGCCCCAGGCAAGGGUGGCCCCGCCGGGCCGGCUCCCCUGCGCCCAUGUGCCGCGCACACGCACUUCCCCGACUCCGUGGUUGUGGACGCCCUCUGCCUGAACUCCAACUGCGCGGAGAUCCUGGCCGAGGCCUGCCCGGCCCCGGCCGCCAGUGACUUCCCCAUCUUCUGUUGUGAGGUGGGCCCGGCACCGGGGUCGGCCGCGGCUGCGGCCAUAUUGGCGGCCUCCGGUGCCACGGCCGCCCUCACGACCACGACCACGGCCACGGCCACGGCCACGGUCGCCCCAAUGCCUGGCCACCCUGCCGACACCGGCCCCGGUGGCUGGGAUCAAUCGCCGCCGCGGUCGCCCAUCGAGGAGACCGGCUCCCCGCGGCCGUCGCCGGCGUCGCACAUGCUGGGCCAACUGGCAUCCAAGCGCUUUUCCGGGCCCUUUUCCGGGCUCGGCCGCAGUGGCGGGGGCCUCCCGGGCGUGGGUCCGGCCGCCGGGGGGUUUGGCUCUCGCCUGCCCCACCGCCACCAUCGCCACCACCACCAUCACCACCACCAUCACCUGUCGACGCAGAGCUCCACCACCGGGCCCGCCGGGGCUGUCAUCCCCUCGCCGCCGGUGUCCUCCUCCUCCUCUUCCUCCUGCUCGUCCAGCCACCCAGGGUCCUCGUCCUCGGACACGGCCAGCGAUUCGGGAUAUCCCUCAUCGCCGCGGCGCGGGCUCGGCUCCGACGCCGGGCCCCGGUGGUUCGACAGUGGAAGCCUCGGCCGCAGUCGCCGUGCCAAGGAGGCCCCCUACGAGGGCCCCGGUCUCCCGCCCUUCACCCGGGUGGCUGACCUUCAGACCUCCAAUCUCUGUCUCUUGCCGGACCUCUUCGCCACGCGCGACAUCUUCACCAUCCAGCUGGCCCGCGGCGAGUCCAUGACCCCGGCCCUGCUGGCAUCGCCCUUUGCCGCCGGGGGGAUGACCACAUCCUCCGACAGCACCGGGGCGCCGCCCGGGGCCGGACACAUCUCCGACGGCAGUGCCAGCGACUCGCUCUCGCCCUCCUGGGCGGCCAUCGGCCUCGGGGACGGCCUGACCAGUGCCAAUGCCGGAUUCCAAUUCCAGCCGGCCGGUCACUCGAAGACCAUGCCGGCCCCGACGGGCCCCGGCUCCGUGAUAACCGCCAUCACCACCCCCGGGCUGCCGGCCACCGUCACCAGCUCCAGCUCCACCUCCGAGGGCUCCUACCAAACGGGGCCCAUCCCCUCCACCGACAGCGGGACAUACGGCGGCUCGGAGGGCUCCUUCGCCGAUGCCGAGGACAUGGACCUCGAAAGCAUGGACCUGGUGUCCUUCUCUUCGACCUGCUCCGGGUCGGACCGCAUCCCCCCCCUGCCGGAGGUGGUCCCGGCCCCGGCCCCGGCCCCGGCUCCGGCCCCGGCCCCGGCCCCGGCCGGCCGGUCGAAGAAACUCCUACGCGGCUUCAAAUCCACCAUCAAGAGCCUCUCCACCAUGGGACUGCAGGUGACCGGCGGCGGGGGCCCCCGGAGCCCGAGCCUGGCUACGGCCCCCGGCGGCGGGCCCGGCUCCUCGGACGCCUCCACCAGCGAGCCCGAUGACGCGGGGCCCGGCUCGCCCCUGUCUCCGACGGCCACGAUGGUGGCCUUCCGGGCCUCGUCGGCGGAUGGCCCCGGCCCCGGGGCCGGGCCCAAGUCUCCCUGGCACUCGGCCGGGGCCCUGGGCGCCGCGCCGGUGCCGGCCAAUGCGGCCAUGCUCUCGCCUGCCUACCUCUCCUGCGAGGUGGCUUGCAAUGCCGGGCUUGGGUCGUGCGAUGCGCCGCACAUCCAUGGUCCCCAUGCUGCCGGGUCUUCGCACAUUCUUUCGCAAUUCCUGACCCUGCCCUCGAGCAAUGCCGCCUCCACCACCGGGGGCACAUCCGCCGGGGCUCCGGGCCCGGCGGCCAGCCGUGCUCCCAGUGGGGCUCCCGGGCCGGCCCCCUUCCUCGGCAGCGCCGCCGGGCCUGCCAGCGCCUGCGGACCCAGCGCCGCCAGUGGCCUUGUGUCCUCCGCCUCGAGCAUGUCCCUGUCGUCCAUCUUCACCUCGGGGUCCUCCUCGGCCCCGGUGGCCGGGCUCUUUUCCUCAUCUGCCUCCUCCUCCUCCUCCUCCUCCUCCUCCUCGUCAUCCGACCAUGAUGGCCGCGGUGGGAUCCUUUCUCCCGGAUCCGGGUCCGGGUCCAGCACGCCCUUCCUCCGGGCGGACGUCAUUUCCUCGGCCAAUCGGUUCGUCACUCGGCCCAAGCACCUGCGCAAGGACAGUGUCUACUUGUCGGUCAUCUUCUUCGACCGCCAUAUGAAGGUCUUGUCGCACAGCCAGUCCGGGCACCUGCCGUCGGUGGAGAUCUGCCGGAACUACGGCCCACUGGAGGCCGACUCGGAUGACUUCGUGUGGGCCUUCCAGCGGUCGCUGGACUACGAGAACACCGUGCACGACAUGUGCACCUUCCGGCCAGACUCCUCGGCGCAGUACUCCUCGGCCUAUCUGACCGACCCCUCUGUGGCGUCGUCCUCCUUCCGCCAGGGAUUCCUCCGGGCCGUGGAGCAUUUCCUCAGCUUCGACAUUUCCAUCUUCGGGUACAUGUACGACGCGCCGCUGGUGGUCAGCGACCGACGCGUGACACACUUGAUGGUCCUGCGCCCGGUGUCAGCCGCAUCGCCCAUCCGCUCGCGGCGGCUGGACUCCGUCAUCCAGGGCAGCGACGUGCAGGAAAUCAGCCAGCCGGCCCCGGCCCCGGGGCCCGGGGCUCCGGCCCCCGGGAAGCUCGGCCUCUCCUGGCGCCCGCUGUCGGAUCUGAUGCUUACCUACCCCGGCGGGCCGUCCUCCGACCACCUGUGGAUCAAUCUGCCGGCCAUCGUGGCGGCCCGGCGCCCGGCCGUUCCGUUGCCCUGUCUGUCACGCUUCCUUUCGGAGGGCGCCGCCCGGGCGCGGUCCUUCACGCACAUGGCCGCCGGCCCGGUGGUGACCGACACUUCCUCGGCCGCCGCCGAUGAGGACGCCCUCAUGCGCACUUCCAGCAGCGGGUGUCUCUUCAUGCUGACCAGCAGCAGCUCCUCCGGGGACUUGGUGUCCACCGUGUCCGGGGAGCUGGGCCUGGCGCACCAGGCCGCCGCCUUCACCGAGCCGCGCAGCGAUCUCUGCCCGCCGGCCGGUGGUGUGGCCCCCGGCGCCGGCGGCGCCUCCCUGCGCGGUGGUCCUCUCCUGGGGGCCGGCGGCGGUGGCGGCGGCGGCGGUCCUGGGUCCCUGUCGGGCCCCGGGCCGGCCACCAGCUGGGCCCUCUCGCCGGUGGUUCUGUCCCUGUCAUGCUCGGCCAACUUGGACCAGGCCCGCUUGUGGGAGGCCUCCUCCUGGGCCGAUGAGCGCCUGCUGUCGGCCGGGGCGGUGGCCGAUGACCGGCCGCGCCGGCCGCGCAAGCUCGCCGCCCCGGUGGCCACCCCUGGGCUGUAUGUGGCCGUGCUCCACAUCGACAGCAGCCUCAACAUCCAAAUUGGCGUGCAAAUGACCAAUGGCUUCCUGCCGCCGAUGGCGCGCGUGCGCGAGUCCGGCCUCCUGACCAACGCCGAGUGGGCCCUCAUCCGGCGGUCCUGCGGCACCGACACACUGGCCGUGGACCCGGGGUCGGCGCAUGCCGGCCUCCAGCGGCAGCUACUCCUGGCCCUGGACAGCCUCGAGGCCCAAACCGGCCUGCACCUCCUGCAUCAGUUCCUGUUUACCGAGGAGCCGGUGCGCCUCGGCGGUCCCGGGUCCACGGCCACCGUGGUUCUCUUUGUCAUGCCCAUGAGCCAGGGCGGUCGUGGAGGAGGGGGCCCUGGCGGUGGUGGUGGCGCUGGCGGCCGCGGCGGCGGCCCCGGGUCCGGGUCCCUGCUGCCCCUCGGCGGUGGGCUCGGUGCCGGCCCCGGCGCCGAUCACCACCUCGGUGCCAGUGGCAAGGGCUCCGGUCGCAAGUCCUCUCUCAAGCAGGUGCUCACCCGCUUUGGCGGCGGCGGCGGCGGCGGCGGCGGCGGCAACAGCAAUCGCCCCUCGCCCGGUAGCCUCUCCUCCGGCAUCGCGGGCGAUGACGAUGGCAGCCUGGCCACCGGUGUGCCGCUGUCCGGCGGCGUGGGGCGCGGCUCCGGCCCGGGGUUCGGCUCUCUGCCGCCCUCCUCCGGGAUCAUCCUCAAGCCGCUGCUCCUGACCGACACCCUAUACAAGCACAUUUUCUUCCGGGCCCGGACGGCGGCCAUGCGCCGGCGCACGCGCGACAUCAGUGCCCGACUGGCCUACCUCCACCGGCUGGUGCCGCAGGUGGACGUGGAGCUGGACCUCCUGACGUCGGCCUCGACCCAGCUGAUCUUCAGCCAGGCGGCUGCGGCGGCGGCCGCCGCCUCGGCAAGUGGCCCCCCGGACGGGGAGCCUGCCACCGUGGCGGCUCCCCCCCGGGCGGCCGGCAACCCCUUUGCCAUGAGCAUUGACUUCUUGCGGCAGCUGCGUGCGCGCCUGUUGGGGCUCAUUUCGCACUUGGAGGCCCGGCGCGAGGCCGACCGGACCGGCUGGCGCCAGCUCGCCUGGUCCUUGAAUGUCAUCGAGUGGGAGCGGCAGCGCGCGUUCACCCGGCUGACGGUCGGCCUGCGCCAUGAUUACUCCCUCGGCGGCGGGUCGGCCGACCUGCCGCUGGUGGCUGGUCCCUCGCCGGGCAGCGGCCCGUUGACGCGGUCCCUGAGCACUUCCGGCGCGAGUCCGCUCUCCAAUGGCACGCCCUUGUCCGGUGGCGGGGAUGCCGGCGCCGGCGGUGCCGGCCUCCUCUCCGUGGACACGGCGGCCGCCCCGCGGGUGGGCAGCCUCUCCGGCGGCCGGACCUGGGUGUCGCCCUCGGUGCCCACCUCGCCGCAGCGUGGUGCUGCUGCCUGGUCGGGGACGGCCACCGCGCCGCGCUUCUCCCGGCCCCUGCCGCCGGCGCCGCCGGCCCCGGGGACCGUUCGCCUGCCGGGCAGCCUCAGUCCCAGCAGCGGGUUCUCCUCCGGCGGCGUCACCGGCAGCCCGGAGGACACCGAGGCGGUUCUGCAAUCGGUCAGCGCCACCUUCGGCCUGCGCACGGGCGACCUGCCGCCGGGGGGUGACCGGGUGCACCUGUCGCCGGAGGCGGCCCUGUCGCACAGCUCCCUCGAGGGUGGGGGGGCUCUCUUCCGGUCGACCUCCGAUGCGGGGUGCAUCUCGGCCAUUCCGCCGGCGGUCGCCGAGCCGGACGCCGGCCGGCUGUCACCGCUGCCCCAGUCCCCGCUCGAGGCGGAGGAGGGUGCCCAGUGUGGCGGCCGUGCGCCGCUUGCUCCGCGCCGCCCGGCCGGCAGCGCCCCCAGCCGCCUGCCCAUGUCGCGGUCCGUGCCGUUGGAGAUGCACCGGCUGUCCUUGCGUGAGCCAUGCAUCGCCGCCUCCGUUGGUGGUGCUGGUGCUGGCCCUGGGUCUGGCGUCAUCGCAUCCACCGGGGCAGGGGCUGGGCCCCUGCUGGGUGGCAUGCCGGAGGAGGACGAGCAGGCGGACCAGUAAUGGCAGCAGCUGUUGCUGCUCCCGCGGAACCACGGCCCCGGUCUCCUG